AUGAAUAUUUACAUUACUGGUAUAUUAUGUACUAUAGCUUUGAUCAUUUCACAAGGGUUUACUGCUACUACAAAUUUACCUGAAGAUCAAUUAGAUGAACUUAAUAUUAUAAAUAAAUAUUUAAAAUUAAAGGGAAUUAACAAACAAUUCACCGAAGACGAUCUCCAGGAAUUGCUGAAUAACAACGAGACUGAUAAGCACCUUGUGAAGAAAAUAAACAAUACACAUCCUAUUGAAACUUAUACUCAGAAGCAUGAUGAACCCAUAAUCCCUUUGUGGAUUAUAAAUCCGCCAUACUACUUCGCUGAGAAGCUAUUUCAACUAUUGGGAUAUCUCAUAAGAUACGAUGAUGGCCUUGAAAUAUAUCGACCAUAA